AUGGCGAUACUUCCUCUUCAACGGCCCGUGGGUACAGGCAUAGCCGAAUAUCUUCUCCAACUCGCGCUGGUCCUAAGCAUGCUGCCGGCUGCUUUUGCGGCUGAAGGACCGUCGGCGCUGAGAUCGGCUGAUAGCCAAGGGGGAGAAUCUCAACAGGGAGAGCCACGUCCUAGGGUGCCGCACAGCAACACUUUCCAGGUGGUAGAAGACAUAGAAGGCAUGGAUGGGGAACUCAGUGCAGAGUGGCUGAGCAUGCAUGCCCACCUGCCUUUGCUUAAACUGGCACUGCCAGCCACCUAUAUGAGUACAUUGACAGACGUCAACGCUCAACGAUAUGCAGGCAAAGUUGAAGCGCAAGACUUGGGCGUCGUGGAUCAGCUAAUAGACGGGGUACGCCUUCUUGACGUCCGGCUGUGGAGGGAUGAAAAGACGGCAGAUCCUACGGCAGCCUGGUUUACAGAGGUGCCUUGGAGACUUUUCGAAGAUGGCGAACUGCUUAAAAAUGCAGCGAAUGGUAACUCAGCGGCAUCUUUCACUUCUGCAGAAUGGGAAGCUCUUGAAGUUCACAGCCGAACUGAUCUAGUGGAGGGUCUGUUCAAGCCAGUCUUGCAGUUCUUACGAAAGUCUCCCUCUGAGGUAGUAGUGGUGGUGUUCUCGGCAGUAAAUGGAAACACACACACUCAUCGCAAUAUGAUCGCGAAGGGCUCAGAGCUCGCCGAGUCGCUCGCGCAUGCCGAUGAGCAGCUGAAAGCAUUUUUGCAGAGCGGGCAGCCCUACAGUGAUAAUGAGCAUCAGGGAAGAUCUCCUGCUCCUGCUGAGGCAUCUAAUGUGGUUCGAGUUGGGCCACACUCAGCUUACCAAAGCCCUUGGCUUGACAGCUUUGUAAAGAAGGGCGUGUCGUUCAACCACUUUGCGGAAAUUACUCAACUUGUCGAUUUACAUUGGGGCCCAUUGUUGCUUCACCACUCGGAUGUUUUUGUUGACGCAAACAACCAAAACCAGAACAUGAGGGACAGCGUCACAGAUGCUGAAUCCUUCAGGGAGUGGCAGCGCAACCAAGGCGCGGCGCUCCUUGGAAAGCCUAUAUCGGAGCUACUUGACGCUAAAGUGCGACUUAUUUUGCUCGUUGAUGAUCCAUUGCUGGCGUGGUUCAUUACUACCAGGUCGCGCUCACAAGUAUUAGCAUUAGUCAAGGCGGAUCACCUGUAUGACGUCUCAUACAUGUCGGAGUCGCAUUUUGCUCCGUGUGCCUCCCCACACACUGCGCGAACCGGUGUUCCUUUGAGGAGUCGUGAGAGUAGCUGGCCAGCAUGCCGUAGUUGGUGCGCGAGGGUUGGUCCUAAGGAGUGUACUUCUUGGUCGUGGAAGCCGACCGAUACGGAACAGAGAGGGCAGCCUGUGAAGAGUCGUCGCGAAGGUGAUCUCAGCACCAUUUGGGAGGAGAGAGCCGACGAAGAACUGGGGAAAUGCGAGCUUUUCACCAGGGCACCUGUUGAACUGUCAUUUGAAGCAAUCACUCAAGGAGUGGAUUGCCCGAAUGACGAUCUAAUGACGUCGGAUCUCCCAUGGGACCAAAUGGCCGUCAUGGGGGAUUUGCUGCUUUCCGUUUUGCCUGUGGUAAAGAUCUCGGCGAACUCUCGCCGCCGCAACAUUCGAGGAGUGGGGACUGUGAGUUUUGGAUUUGAUUCACGAGUGUCCAUGCUGACUACGGGGUCGGCAAGCGGCCACGAAGAAAAGUAUGACAUUUCGCAGAAGCUAAUUCGCGUCCUGUUCGCCCCGCCAACACCCCAGGUUCGCAUAGAGGCGUUGCAAAGGGCUGCCUACAGCAACAGGGGCGAUGCUGUGAGGAAAUUCAAUGCUUCUCUCGCGGACUUCGUGCUAGCGCUGCUAUUGAGGUAUCACAUUCUGGAAAGGAACCAUGUCCCGAGUAGGCCUGUUAAUGCCAUUCAGUUAGCUAAAUACCGCCGGAUAAGAAGUCGCCUGGAGCCAUUCGCGUCUGCGAGUUUCUUCCAGCACAUGACAAUCCUAAACCCUUCAGCAGCCAUCAAUCCCCACCUCUUGGCAUUUCCGGUAAGCCGUUCACAGCCUUUGCCUGUCAUCAGUACAGCUUUAUCCUUGCUUCUGUGCGCAAAUGGACAGUGGGUAGUGGCUAGUGCUGCAGUAUUUGGAUGUGCUCGGACCUGCCGCAGGAGGAUACCUAUGGAGUUGCGUUGA